AUGUUUUUGAGAAUAGCAUCCAAUUUUAUAAGACAACCUAUAAUGAUGAAACAAAUUACAAAAUAAUUGACAUUUCUCCCUAUGACAACAAUAUUCAAUAAUCAUAAAUUAUUGAUCUAUAAUUUAUCAUAAUUGAGAACAGAAUUAUUACAAAUCGAAGAGUAAAAUGAUGAUGAUGACUUAUUGUAAAAACUGUCUUUGUAUAGAGUAGAUAGAAAGAGGUCCCCGUUCUCAGGAAAAACUCAAAUUAAUUGAA